CGUUUAUCACAAAUACAAUACCAAUAUAGUCACUCCUAAGCUGUCACUACAACGCUUGCUUUCAUUCCUGGACAGGGCGUUGACAUUUCAUUGAGCGACCGCUUGCCUGCAACAACCUUGAGCAAAACAUGGUUCGUAUGAUUAUGGAAGUGCGUCCGGACCCCCGACUGUUCGAUGAGUCGUCGCUACUGGAAUGCAAGCCCAUGCGAGGCCGAAGCGGAACAGUGCGCUCUGGACGCGCUGGGCGCUCCAAGCCUUCCCGGGUGACCAGGUCGCCUUCACAGCAGUUCACUUCUAGGAUCUAUUGGAGGGACAUUACUCGGGCUGAGAUACGCCAGCAGCAGGGAAGUGAAGGCCUUCGCGAAGCGGUAACUCUCGCCUCGACCGUCACUCCAAUUAACGAGCGGACGUAUCCGCACCCGUCUUCUCAUGUGGAAACACAGCUUGAGGAAAAGCCAGACGCUGCCUCCGAAGUGGAGGUUCGAGAGCCCAUGUGCCUAUUAAACGCGUACGUUAACCGGGCUCUGGAGUCGCACGCGCAAAAUAAAAUAGAUCAGAGGAUAGCGAGCGAAUGGGAGGUCGUGGAAGAUGUCGAUGCCGAGGAGUACGUGGUGCUAUAAGUAGCCGAUGGUGGGUGUUGCAGCGGCGACUUAGGGUCCCACACGUAUGCUCCCCAGUGUACAACAUGUAUCUUAACGGGUGACAAGGGUGUUGGUAUUCUGUGGAUACUAUCGUAGCUGCCGAGCGCUACGAGACGUCAUUUCAUUCGAUAUGUACUUUAGAGGUCAUGGGGCCGCACAGUCCCCUCGUUGUAGUUGCAGCUACCGCUUUCCAGUUGUACCUUUUCGCCCAGUUUUGCAGGAUGUCAUAUUGUUCAUCAUGGGUUUGUGCCGAUUUGUGAGAACCUUAUUUUAAUGUGCGUGUUUUACCGGUGCCGCAUGGCACCAUCGAUGCUGUGUCGCGUCCAUCCUGCAUUUUUUCCUUCUGUGAGCCGUUUCCCAUCAUGAUGAGUUAUUAGCCAGGGCAAUUUUGACUGUUCAGAACUCCUUUACCCCCGUGACCAACCGCUAUACCUAAAACCGUAUAAAAAGAGUUUGGUUGGUUUCAUGUCCACGUUGGAGCGUGUUGUGUAGUGUGUUAGGACCACAAUUGUUCUUGCUCCCUGUUGUUUGUAUAUUGUGUAUGUUUUCACGCAUGUUGCAUGCCCCAAGGCACUAUAGCCUGUUCGAUGGUUGAAGUCGAGUCUCACAUGUGUCAGGCUGUUGUUAAAAGCCGUGAAGAGUCUUCCUUCUCCCUCAUUUCCUAGUCACCGUAAUCCGC